GGCGUGACAGGCUGCAUCCGGGGAACCCAGCUUUGCUUUUGCAGGAACAUUUAGGUAAAACUGUAGUGGGUCAUUUGGAGGAACAGUCGGAUCCAGCGCUGACAUAGGAGGACGUGUCAUAUUUAAAUUUUACUCAGAUCAAACUGAAUCAUGCUGCUUCGUAAAGUGAGCCAGUCUUCCGCCCUGUGCGGCGCCAUUCUCAGGAUUCCUCCCGUCCUGUCUGGAGGUCAGCGUCAUGCAGGAGCUGCUGUCGCUGCUCAAAGUGCUCGUCUGUACGCAUCCCAGGCUGCAGAGGCCGUGCUGGAGAAACCUGCGGCCGUGGGCGCUGACGCUGCAGCUCAAGUUGAAAAGAAGGCAGUUGUUACUGAAUCCAAGUCUUUUGCUGUCAACCUUUUCAAAGGCCAGAUUCAGACUGCCCAAGUGUUUCCCUACCCCUCAGUCAUGAACGACGAGCAGGAGCAGUUUCUCCGUGAGCUCGUGGGGCCGGUCAACAAGUUUUUCGAGGAGGUGAAUGACGCCGCCAAGAACGAUGCCUUGGAGAAGGUGGAGGAUCACACCAUGGAGGGCCUGAAGGAGAUGGGGGCCUUUGGCCUGCAGGUUCCCGCUGACCUGGGCGGUCUCGGCCUCUCGAACACACAGUACGCCCGUCUUGUCGAGAUCGUCGGCAGCUAUGAUCUGGGUGUCGGCAUCACUCUGGGUGCCCACCAGUCCAUCGGCUUCAAGGGUAUCCUGCUUUUUGGGAAUCCAGCCCAGAAGGAGAAGUACCUGCCGAAGCUUGCCUCGGGUGAGCAUGUAGCCGCCUUCUGCCUCACUGAACCGGCCAGUGGCUCUGAUGCCGCCUCCAUCCGGUCCGUGGCAGUCCAGUCCGACUGUGGAAAGUACUUCACCCUCAACGGAAGCAAGAUCUGGAUCAGCAAUGGCGGCAUUGCUGAAAUCUUCACCGUGUUCGCCAAGACGCCCAUGAAGGAUCCAAAGACCGGCGAGAUGAAGGACAAGAUCUCUGCCUUCGUCGUGGAGAAGAGCUUUGGAGGAGUGACACACGGCCCGCCGGAGAAGAAAAUGGGCAUCAAGGCAUCCAACACAGCCGAGGUCUAUUUUGAUAAUGUUCGCGUGCCGGCCGAUUGCCUGCUGGGCGAGCUGGGCGGAGGUUUCAAGGUGGCCAUGAACAUUCUGAAUAACGGACGCUUCGGCAUGGCGGCGGCGCUCUCCGGCACCAUGAAGGGCGUCAUCGCUAAAGCUGUGGAUCACGCAGUGAACAGAACCCAGUUUGGGAACAAGAUCCACAACUACGGAGCCAUCCAGGAGAAGAUCGCUCGCAUGAUUGUGCUGCAAUAUGUUACUGAGUCAAUGGCCUACAUGAUCAGCGGCAACAUGGACAGCGGAGCGACUGAAUUUCAGAUCGAGGCUGCCAUCAGCAAGAUCUUUGCCUCUGAAGCAGCCUGGGAAGUGACUGACGAGUGUGUGCAGAUUAUGGGCGGCAUGGGAUACAUGAAGGAUGCCGGAGUGGAGCGAGUGAUGAGGGAUCUGAGAAUCUUCCGUAUCUUCGAGGGCACCAACGAUAUCCUGAGGCUCUUUGUGGCCCUCAAUGGCUUCCAGAGUGCUGGUACCCAGCUGAAGAGCUUACAGAAGGCCCUGAAGAACCCCAUCGGCAACGCUGGGCUGCUCGCUGGAGAACUCACCAAGAGAGCCAAAAGAAAGGCAGGACUGGGGACAGGACUGACCCUGCAGGGGACUGUUCAUCCUGAGCUCGCACACAGUGGAGAACUGACCACAAAAGCCAUCGAGCAGUUCGGAGGAGUCAUCGAGGACCUGCUAAUAAAACAUGGCAAGAAGAUCAUCGAUGAACAGUUUGUACUGAAGAGAGUGGCAGACAGUGCCAUCGACCUCUACGCCAUGAUUACUGUUCUGUCCAGAGCUUCACGCUCUCUGAGUCGGGGCUCUCCCUCAGCUCAGCAUGAGAAGGUUCUGUGUGAGACCUGGUGUGUGGAGGCCUACGACAGGAUCAUGCGAGACCUGAAGGCUCUGCACUCCAGUGAGUCCAAACAGCUGUUCAAGAACCUGCAGGCCAUCUCCUCUGCCGUGGUGCAGAACGGUGGUGUUGUGGCUCCUCACCCUCUGGGAUUCUAAACGCACCACACUCCCCUCAUGUCUCCAUGUCUGUCCGUUUUUUUCUUUUGUUUUUUUUAAACUUUCUGGAUCUCUAAGCAGGCUCUGGGUCAUGUAUGCCUAGUCCUCUCAGACAAGUUGAUUAUCACCAUCAGUGCUUCAUCACACGUUUUAAUCAGUGAAACUUAUCUACAGGCUCUCAGUUUUAUCAUCAACCAGAGGAUCAGUGAAUCAUAGUCUGUAGCGUCGUGCUGAGAUAUUUCGAUUGUAUUUAUUUUCAAUCUCUUUGAAACCUACCAACAUUAUUUAUUCAAACACAACUCAAGGUUUCAUCACUUUGGGAUGUUGUUGUCAAUUUGAGCUUGAGCUUACAUGUAUGUGAACAGAAAUGGAUUUAAAAUGGUCAGUGGGUGACAGGACAUGGACUUCAGCCCUCAUGACUGUAGCUGAUCAUCUGUUCAAUCGUUACAUAAUGAAUGUAAUAAGCAGUAAGUGAUGGUAUUUUUGUUUUCUCUGUACGAACUACAACAUUGGAUGCCAGUCAACAGAAGAAUCUGUGAAUUCAUCUAUGUAACUUUGUAUUCUAAACAACAGGUGUGAUUUUUUUCCUUCUGUAAUGUUUUCACUUCUUUACACACUAGUCAAGAUCAAAUGUAUAUACCAGUGUGGUGUUUAUGUUCAUUAAUGCCUUUCUGCAUGUUGAAUAAGCUUACUCCAUGCUCAUCACAGAAACAUUAGUGCCAGGAGCCAAAAACUUCAAGCCUUACAAACCGGUCCACAGAGCUUCAAAACUUCACGAGAGGUUUGAGAUUUUGUUUUUUUAAGACGACUUCAGUCCUGCAAUGCAAAUGUCCGUCACCUCUGUUGAAGGUUAACUCAUUAACUGUAAGUGUUGAAAAUAAACCUGAAACUUCUAAGAAAUCAUCUCUUGUAUAGUAACUAUAAUCCUUUCCAUCAAAGUGUGUUCAAGCAUUUAUCAAACUUAAAUUAGUUCUGCACAUUCUUGCCUUCACUUUAACUUGUAUGGGGACAAACGAUGCUGCUGUUUAAGCCACAGUCCUGCAGAGUACUUACUCAGCAUGCUGCUGGUUAAAUAAGGGAUAAUAUCAUGUGCAUUUGAAAGGAUGUUGUACAGUGUAGAAUGUGUCUGAAGGUGACAGAUGAUUAUCUCACCGUGUUUUUUUGGUGUUUUUUCAGAUCUACUUUAAGUUUUUUUCUGUGUGCAAAAUGCUCACUAGUUGGGAUUAAUAAACUGAAUUCAUCAAA